AUAGUUUAUAGUUUUACAAGGAAUCUUCAAUUUUUCCCAUCUAUUCUCGUUCUUUUAUAAUUUAAAACUUCCUCCAAAUAAACAAAUCGAUUUUAUACGAAUAAAAUAAAUGAUAAAAGAUCCUAUUCCUCGGAUAAGUGCCUAUCCAAGAAGGUUCAUAAAAAUGUAACAUUAUAACCAGCAUUGUAACACAGUGCACAUUAUGAUAAUGAUACGGUAUGUGCAUAUCAAGGUGGAAAAUUGUGGACAACAUUUUUCUCGUGGAAAAAAAGCUUUCUAUAGGCACCGUUUACUUGCAAUAGUCAGUGUUUUAUAAAAUUUUUUUGAAUCCUCUCCUUAAGCAAGUAUUAUAAUUUCCUCGAGAUAAAAAUAUUUUCUUUCUAAUCGACGAGUAAAUUUCCAAUUAUUCAUUUUGAUCAAAAUUAUCUCGUUAAAUGAUAAAAGGAGAAAUCGAGAAUCGCAAAAAUUUGUGUACUGAUAAUAAGUUUAAUGAAAAUAUAUUUUUUCAAGAAUUUUUUUUUUCAUUAAGAAUUAUUAUUUUUUUUUUCUUCAUUAUUUAUCGCUUUAUCAGUUGAAAAAAUGACCAUUCUACAGCCAAUUUUUAAUAUAUUAACAAUUUGCGGAUGUCGGAUGCCGUCCUCGUGUCGGACAUCGUACAAAAAGAUGCUGUACAUUUUGUACGCGAUAUUUGUGCUACUUUUGCUCUACAGCUUCUGUAUCUCGCAAUUUUUAAACGUGAUAAUUAAUGUGAGAACAGCAGACGAAUUAUGCAACAGUUUUUACAUGUUCAUUGCGUCGCUCUUAUCCUGUUGCAAGAUCGUCGCGCUUCUGAUGAAUCAUAAAGCGAUUAAAAUCUUUAGAAGGAGGCUCGAAGAGGAGCCUUGUAAACCUAUGAACAUCAAGGAAGUUAUGAUCCAAAAAAGUUUCGACAAAAAUAUCGGGUAAACGUUUAAAGUGUAUCCAAAAAUUGUUCUUUC